AUGAAUCCGAUGACUCAGCUGUACUACAAGAAGGUGAGCUACUCGCCGUACCGAGACCGAAUCCCGCUGCAGAUCGUGCGGGCGGAGGUGGAGCUGUCCGCCGAGGAGAGAGCCUACCUCACCGCAGUGGAGAAAGGCGACUAUGCAGGGGUUAAACAUGCUCUUCGCGAGGCCGAGGUCUACUACAACAUGGACGUCAACUGCCUGGACCCGCUGGGCCGCAGCGCGCUCCUCAUCGCCAUCGAGAACGAGAACCUGGAGGUGAUGGAGCUGCUGCUGGACCACGGCGUCCACACGGGAGACGCCCUGCUCUACGCCAUCCGCAAGGAGGUGGUGGGCGCCGUGGAGCUGCUGCUGUCGCACAGGAGGCCCAGCGGGGAGAAACAGGUUCCCUCGCUGAUGAUGGACAGUCAGUUUUCAGAGUUCACCCCAGACAUCACUCCCAUCAUGCUCGCCGCCCACACCAACAACUACGAGAUCAUCAAGCUGCUCGUCCAGCGGAAGGUCACCAUUCCCAGACCACACCAGAUACGAUGUGACUGCGUCGAGUGUGUGUCCAGUUCUGAGGUUGACAGUCUUCGCCACUCGCGGUCUCGACUCAACAUCUACAAGGCUCUGGCCUCUCCCUCCCUCAUCGCCCUGUCCAGUGAAGACCCCAUCCUCACUGCCUUCAGGCUGGGCUGGGAGCUCAAAGAACUCAGCAAGGUGGAGAACGAGUUUCGUCAGGAGUACGAGGAGCUGUCCCAGCAGUGUAAACGCUUUGCCAAGGACCUUCUGGACCAGGCCAGGAGCUCAAGAGAGCUGGAGACGAUCCUGAACCACAGAGACAGCGACCAGAGCGAGGAGCUGGACCCCAGACAGUGCCACGACCUGGCCAAGCUCAAACUGGCUAUCAAAUACCACCAGAAGGAGUUUGUGGCCCAGCCGAACUGCCAGCAGCUCCUGGCCACGCUGUGGUACGACGGCUUCCCGGGGUGGAGGAGGCGACACUGGGCGGUCAAACUGGUCACCUGCUUCAUCAUAGGACUCCUCUUCCCUGUCUUCUCACUGAUCUACCUGCUGGCCCCUAAGAGCGCGUUGGGCCACUUCAUCAAGAAGCCCUUCAUCAAGUUCAUCUGUCACACCGCCUCCUACCUGACCUUCCUCUUCCUGCUGCUGCUGGCCUCGCAGCACAUAGCGCGGACCAACCUGCACAUGCAGGGCCCGCCGCCCACCGUGGUGGAGUGGAUGAUCCUGCCGUGGGUGCUGGGCUUCAUCUGGGCAGAGAUAAAGGAGAUGUGGGAUGGAGGUUUCACAGAAUACAUCCACGAUUGGUGGAAUCUGAUGGACUUCGCCAUGAACUCCCUCUACCUGGCCACCAUAUCGCUGAAGAUAGUGGCUUACGUUAAGUACAACUCCUCUCGUCCCAGGGAGGAAUGGGAGAUGUGGCAUCCCACGUUGAUAGCCGAGGCGCUCUUCGCCAUCGCCAACAUCUUCAGCUCCCUCAGACUCAUCUCCCUCUUCACCGCCAACUCCCACCUCGGGCCGCUGCAGAUCUCGCUGGGCAGGAUGCUGCUGGAUAUCCUCAAGUUCCUCUUCAUCUACUGCCUGGUCCUGUUGGCGUUUGCUAACGGUCUGAACCAGCUGUACUUCUACUAUGAGACCAACGCCUCGGACGAGCCCAACAACUGCAAGGGCAUCCGCUGUGAGAAGCAGAAUAACGCCUUCUCAACGUUAUUUGAGACUCUGCAGUCUCUGUUCUGGUCGGUGUUUGGUCUGCUCAACCUGUACGUCACCACCGUCAAGGCCCGACACGAGUUCACGGAGUUUGUCGGGGCGACCAUGUUCGGGACGUACAACGUCAUCUCCCUGGUGGUGCUGCUCAACAUGCUGAUCGCCAUGAUGAACAACUCCUACCAGCUCAUCGCUGAUCAUGCCGACAUCGAGUGGAAGUUCGCCCGCACCAAGCUGUGGAUGAGCUACUUCGACGAGGGCGGGACGCUGCCGCCGCCGUUCAACAUCAUCCCCAGCCCCAAGUCCGUCUGGUACCUGCUCAUGUGGCUCCACAACAAGCUCUGCAGGAGAGGCCAGCCGCCCGGGGACGACCCGCACAAAUGCGAAAACCUGCGGGAAUUCACGGAGCGCCAUGCCGACAGUCUGAUACAGAAUCAACACUACCAGGAAGUGAUCCGGAACCUGGUGAAGAGGUACGUGGCGGCCAUGAUACGCAGCGCCAAGACGGACGAGGGGCUGACAGAGGAGAACUUCAAGGAGUUGAAACAGGACAUCUCCAGUUUCCGCUACGAGGUCCUGGAUCUCCUCGGCAACCGCCGCCCUCCCCGGCGACAGUACUCUUCCUCCAGCGAGCCAAUGAAAGACGAGGGGGCCGUGGCUUCGGAGGACGACAGCGAAUCAGGCGACGGCGGGGGUGGAGCCAGUCAGAAGACGAAGGGCGUCAGCUUCACGACCCCGCUGGAAGACGACACCAAGUCGAAGCCCGAGUACGGCGUCUCCGCCCUGGUGCGCUCCAUUUCUGGAAUGACCCAGAUAGAAAAAGGAGGGCGGGAGGAGGAGGAGGAGGUGGAGCAGGGGGUGGGGUGGGGGGAGGAAGAGGAGGAGGAGGAGGAGGGAAAACCAAAGAGCAACGGGCUGAAGACGACCGUCAUCCCUCCGCCCGCCACCACCGUCCUCCCUUCCCCCUCCUCAUCUUCGUCGUUCACCUCCUCGUUCUCCUCGUCCCUCGCUCGCACGAGGAGCCGCCUGCAGCGCUUGUCGGCGCCGAGGGCCAAGACGGACUCCUUCAAACGCCUCUCCUACCUGUUCACCCGCUCGCAGCGCAAGGCCCCGCCCGUGCCCGCUCCCCCUAUCCAGUCCCCGCCCUCCUACACCAUCUCCGACGGCUUGCUCCGCCCCCUGGGGAGCCACAGCCACUCCGACUACGGACUCAGUCACGUCACCAGAAGCGAGACUUACCUGAACGAGGUGGGGCGGCGCUCGGUCGACGACAAUAACCCCUCGCUCUCCCCGCGGCGGACCAACGGGAGGGACUCUCUCCUGAUGUUGCCCCUCCCGCCCCCGUGCCCCUGCCAAUCCCUGCACUGUGCUUCCAACAUGUCCGAGUCCAGCUCGCGCCUCCUGGACUCCAGCGAGGACGUUUUUGAGGGUGGAGGGGUCGUAGGAGGAGGAGGAGGGGGACGUGGAGACGGAGGAGGAGGCGGAGGAAGAGGAGGAGGAGGGGUGAUGGUGAUGGGCGGAUGGGUGGGACCGUGCGACGAUGUCAUAGAGGACAGCUGUGAGGUCAUAGAGGACUCGGUCACCACGCAGCUAUAG